AGGAAGUCAACGUCUGAACAUGAACACGCGGAAACUGAGUUUCAAAUGGUUUGGGAGCCUCACCAAUCUGUCCGCCCGCCGCCCGUCACAGAAGACCAACACCAAGGCCGCCCCAGAGCAUCAUGGGAGCCUCGGCGGUCAAAAAUCAGUGGACGACAUGGAGCCCCGCCUCCACACCCCCGGCUACGCCUGCUCCAGCCAGAUGUACACACAUGUGGGCACGGUGCCACGCAGCCAGAAGAAGAGCUGCACGGGACUGAAGGAGAAGAAUAAGAACAAGAAGAAAAAAGAGGACGAGGAGGAGGGGGAGGGGCAGAGGGAGGCGGGAGAGCAUGUCCGGGACUCCCCUCUGCUCAGUGCACUGUCUGGCCUCAGUGAGACCAGUCUGGACCGGACUCUUCCUGGUCCCGCACCGGCCCGCCCGCUGCCCUCCAUCCCGUCACUCGUCCGCGCUUCACCUUUGACCUCGGCGCACGAAAGCCGCUUCAAUGGCCGCCUGGCCGACCCCUUGAAGAGCCGGUCGGGGAGCAGGGAGGCUUUAGAAAGAGAAACGUCGGACAUGACGACUAACGGCAUCACCGCGGCUUCACCGCAGGACGUCUACGUGCCGAUGGACCCGAUAGCCGAAGCGGCUCGCAGCCAAUCACUGGAAACGGGAAAGGAUGAGAGCGUCGCGCAGGAAGUGGAGCGUGUCGACGGGCAGCAGAACGUGGCGCAGAGAGGAGGAGAAUACGUUAAGUUCUCCAAAGAAAAGUUCUGGUUGGAGCCGACGGACGAACUGAAGAAGCAGUUGGAGGCAGAGCUUAAACUGAGCGGAAGCAACCUGGAGAGCCACGGCUGGUACCACGGAGCGGUCCCCUGGGAGGUGUCCGAGAGCCUGGUGGUGAACCACGGAGACUUCCUGGUUCGACACUCUCGGUCCAGUCGGGGCGACUUCGUCCUGACGGGCCGCUGGGAGCAGGAGGCGGUCCACUUCCUGGUCAGGAGGACGGCGGCGCCGCGGGUCCAGUACCGCCUGGAGGGCGAGGCCUUCGACUCGCUGCCGGCUCUGGUCCACUUCUACGCGGGGAGCCGGGCGGCUCUGACCCAGUGGAGCGGAGCUCGGAUCCACCGGCCCGUGAACAGGAAGCUGCCUCUCGGCCACCUGGAGGCGGCGUUCUGCCACUGGGAGGGCGGGAGCGGCGAGGAGGAGGUCCGUCCGAGGAGUCCUUCCUCUCUCCACAUGGGGGCAGAGGUUGAUGGGGAGCAGCACCACCGGCCUCCACUGACUGCUGGAGAAGCCUCUCUCUCUCCUCUGAACAACAACAAUGGACUUCCCGUGCCUCUGUUUCCAGCUCCUGAUGGCGACGGCGUGGCUCUAGCCCCGCCCCUCUUUCCUCUAGCCCCGUCCCUCUCUCAUCCGAACCCGGACCCCCCGUCCUCCGAGGAUCUCGGAAGCUGCUACACAGAGCUGCAGCCGGGCCCCCGGAGCUACGUGGAGAGGCUGCGGGCCGAGGACGGGUCGGCGGGCAUCGAGGACGGGAACGUGUACUCGACGGCGGCGGAGGCGGCGGAGACGGUCUCUUCUUUCAAACCCGGCGGGUACCGGUCGCGGCUGAUGCCCGGGGACAACAAACCUCUGGAAGUGGGCGUCCUGCGGCGGGUCAAGGAGCUGCUGGCCGAGGUCGACCCGAGGACGACGGCCAAACACAUCACCAAGACCAACUGCGUGCUGGCCAGAAUUCUGGAGGUGACUCCGGAGGAGCUAAGGAUGAUGGGAGUUAGUUCUGGGAUGGAGUUACUUACGUUGCCACACGGCCGUCGGUUGAGACUGGACCUGCUGGAGAGGUUCCACACCAUGGCCACCGCGCUGGCCGUGCAGCUUCUGGGCUGCACCAGCUCCACCGAGGAGCGCGCCGGCCUGCUGCACAAGCUCAUCCAGAUCGCUGCCGAGCUCAAGACCACCACGGGGGACAUGUUCGGCUUCACCGCCGUCAUGAGGGCGCUGGAGCUGCCCCAGGUAUCCCGUCUGGAGCAGACCUGGACGGCAUUACGCCAGCGACACACAGAGGGCGCCAUUCUUUACGAGAAGACCCUGAGGCCGUUCAUGAAGAGCCUGAACGACGGCCGAGAGAGCUGCCCGCUGUCCAGCACCAGCUUCCCCCACGUCAUGCCCCUCCUGGCCCUGAUGGAGAAGAGCGUGGCGGUGGGCGAGGGGGCGGAGCCGUGGGAGGUGGCGGAUGUCGAGCUGGACGUGGUCAUGUUCCACCUGGGGGCGGCGAGGACCAUCGCUCAGCUGGGGGGCAUCUACAGCUCCAACGCCGAGAGCAAGCUACGAGGUUUCACGGAGCAGCCGGAGGUCCUGGAGCUCUUCCUGACCGACUUCCAGAUGCGGCUGCUGUGGGGGAGCCGCGGUGCCGAGGAGAGCCAGGCUCUGCGCUACGCCAAGUUCGACCAGGUGCUGACCGCCUUGUCCGUCCGGCUGGAGCCGCCCGGCCGGCGCCGCGGCCCACGCCCCUCAUGUUGAUCCACGUGGUUCCUCCUUCACUUCCUCCUCUGAGAGCCACAUUCCUUUAACCACGCCGAAGACGUCUGUGUAUAUAUUCAGGAUUCUGUUGCUUUUGAUUCUGCGGGAAAAACCAAAGAGGAAGUGGGCUUUCAUUUUGGUGAAAUGAGGCCGGAGCCUCAGGUGUGUUGUGGGCGUGUCUGAAGGCUGGACCUUCCUUUCUUCAUAUUCAAUAACCCCAAUAACAGAAUAACGUUGUGACCACGUGUGAAUCAUGACGACUUUAAUAUGUAUUAAUAUUUAACGGAAUAACGAGGUUACUGACGCUGUAAUCGGUGCUGAGGUCAGUUCUGGGCUUUUCUUUCUGUUUCCUUCAAAAUAAAAUCCCAUACGGUUCCUCACACUCUUUCUCAUUAUAUAGCCGCCUGACUUCUGAAGCUUUUCUUUUACGAUACAACCGAUUGUAUUAAUGUCAAAUAUUUAUCUGAAAUGUAAGUAAACAUGUUUACCUCGUU